UUCCCGUAGGCCUACUAACCUUGGGGCAAAUAGACAGAAACGCCAGGGGCAGUCCGGAAAACGAGCAUGACGAGAACGUUAUGGCCCGGUUUCCCUGUCCAUGUUAUCCCUACUUUCUCAUCGGGCAAUGCGCAAGUUCUUUUCAGUAUUUUAGUACUACUAGCAACCAAACCGUUAUACAGCUUCGUAAUGGUUUAGUGUAGCUGUCUUGCUUUGGCGGGAUUUCGUGCGGGGCCUGUGGAGCCUCUCGUGAAAGGGCCUGGGUCUUUUCGCGUGGCCGUUGCCAGCAAAAGGCGAAGUUGUGCGACUCUGCGUUGGGCGGCGUUCCGUUGACUAGCGGCGGGCCAUCGGCCAGAUCGAUGCGCUCCAGACUCUAUGACGCCUUCGAGGGCGGAGUAGCCUCUGGACUUGACUGUCUACGGGUCUGCUGCGGUAGCAGGCUACGGACUACAUAGGCAUGGACAGCUUAGAGCUUUAUAUACGGCGGUGUUCGGGCCUGCUUCUAUCGAGCGGAGUCGUACUAGCAGUAGUAGCGGCGAAUGAUUUCGUUUCUGUAUAUAUGACUCGUCGAGCUAAACGAAAGAUACCGGAGAGUUGCCGCCAUUCUGGCGGACGCCUGCAUCAGCGUACCGUGUUGAAUGUAGCGGCUGCUGCUGCUGGCUCGGCUGUAAAGCGUACACCGGUACUACACGAGUGGCACCCCCGCAAACCCUGCACGACGGCUAACGGCACAAGUGCGGAUGUGCCGGCUACGGAACACUGCGCCAGGCAAGAGACAAUCUGCAGCAAGAGAGCACAUACUAUACUCAGCCGCUGUCCAGCGAUAGGAGCGGAUUGGCUGGCGCCAACAAGACCCGUCGGGUAGUACGCCGCCACAUGAUUCGGUGCACGACGACACGGCGCUCACGACCUCAGCGAGAGCGGUAACAGCAGCUCAUUAACGGAAACAAUCGUUUUCGAGCAAACAGUACUCGCAUCCGCUCAACAAAUUCUUACUUGAGCUGCCUGCAGUCAGUAGUCCCCCUGACGCCACAGUUACCCUGGGUACUUACGCUGUUUCUGUAUCUUGCCUGCUGUAAGCAUUCGGCGCGUGUCCCGCUCAUAUAGUUCCACAAGGUGACCUGCUGUCUCGAAGCUUACAGAUAACUUGCAAUGGACACAUUGGUUUACGCCAGCUGAUAACGAGUUCUGGUGGUGCCGUUCUGUCGCGACAAAUGCUGAUUUCAUUAAUUUGUCUGGCUGUCAUGUCUAACUUCUAUCCUUCUACCGUGCUAUUGGCCUACAAGCCCCUCUGAUGAUUGCGGAUCUGUUACGAAGUGACUGUGAUAGUGCGAGGUUGUGAAUUUGAUUACGGUGAACUUGGCGCGCUGAUAUAUAAAAGUUGAACUCAUUCGGCAAAUGUUGUUAUUCGACGUUGUUCUACUUUGCAGAUUCUCUACCAUGCCAAACCGAACUUAACGAAGGAAAAAUAGCAUCCGCCAUCUCCGGGGAAUUUCCUGGGCAUUGAUAGCAUUUCCACAAUAGUUGAUCUUCGGAAAAAAGCCAGUGCCAUUACGUAGUCGAGGCUUUACUGUUUGGUAUUAAAUCAGUCUAUCCCCGUUACUUUUCAUCUCAUUGCUUGUGGCCCUAUCCGACGAUACUAUUAACCGCUACGGCGUCAGUCACAUAGCUGGAUUGGUUACCGUGAUUCCCUCUUGAGGCAAUCUUGUCAUCAAUGUUCACUGAUACCGUUGCCGAUAUGCUAGUUAGCCUUGAAACGAGCGCGUCUCAGAUACUUUGAGAAGCCUAGUGAUAAAGAGCUAGCAGUUGUACAACAUGACCCUUGGCAACAACAAGUCUUUCCCAUCGACAGCUACCGAUCACGCCGACGCAGGAGCCCCUACAGACGACUGAUCAUUAUAGCAGCAAGCAAAUACGUUACAUAUAUUCCUGUCGAAGAUAACUGGGUGACUAAGUACUGCAUCGGCGUAAUUGCCAGUGAUCUACGCAGGCGAAACUAGGAACGAUUCAUAGAAAGUAACUGAUUGAAAUCGUGUUUUAAGUACGUGUGACGUUUUUGUAACGUCAAUGGACUCAUUAAUUGUCCAGUGCAUAACUAAACUCUCAGUCCAGCAGGGUGCGAAUGAUCGAGCAAAAAUGUAGCCAAAACCGCAGCCGUCACCGGGAACAACACAACGAUAUCUGUUCGCGUCUCGAUCGGGUACAUAUCGUUCGUCGCCGUAUUCAGACAGAUAAUUAAUAAUAAGUUCUACGGCUGCAUAGAAGAAUCAGUUAAUAUCUACUGACUAGCGUCUAGCGCGUCCUUCGAGGCCUCCGACUGUCAAAACAGGCAAACAACUUAAGCGAAGCAACUGUACAUUGCUCUUCGUACUGUGCUUCUCGAUCGUGCAGUUGGUUAAAGCAACUUAUCUCUAGCCUCUUACAUGUCUAUCGGAAAGCGACUAAUUUAAACAGGGGAAUUUAAUCGGCCCCGAUCAUCGCGAACGGCAUAUUCAAGCUUUUGUCGUAGCUCGCUCAAUUCACCGCCUAUAGCGGAACUUCCACCUUUUGAUGCUAUUAGAGUUUAGAAAGACGCGUUUCGGAAACUAUCAUACUUUUAACCGUUACAUGUUCUUCUACUCUGCUACUACAAAUACGGUAUACGACCUAGCCAAAAACGCUAGAUUAUUUAGAGAACAAGCUUUUCUCACCGCACGGAAUGAAACCUCCACACCUGAGCUAACCACCGAGAGCUUUAUUGUGCCUUACUAAUUUUGGACUUCUGACAAAUAACACAUUCGAGCUAUUGGACUGCGUAAAUUUCUCUCUAUGCCGAAAUCAAGUUGAUCAAUUAAUAGGUAACAUCGUGUCAAUCAUGUUGUUCGCGCGAAGAACAGUAACUUCUGUAUAUUGGCCGCUUCCGUUGAUUCGUGCGUAGACGCUUUUUGACAGUCUUGCAAGACCCUCGUUCUGUUGCGGGUUGUCCGACGAGCAAAAGUUACCACUUAUAUACUCAUCGUUCAGCCGUUUGCUGUACUUGAAUUGCUAGUGUUGUUGCUUUCAUCGCCGUCGUCCUUCCUUCCUUCCUUCCUUCACCCGUCGUCUACUGCUGCUAAGAUGCAUCGCCGGCCAUAAAUUCUUGAUGAAAUGAACAUUGUCUAGCAAGUAACUCUCGAUUCGUCGAAGGAUUCGACCAGAGACUGAAAACAGUCAACGUUUGACUUGCCCUCGCCUGGACGGGAGAGCGGAAAAUAGUGUAACCGGCCGAAAGUGAAUUUUCGAUACUACUAGUUGUAGUGACGGAGGUAGAAGCGUGAAGAGCAGCCGUUAGGCAAAACCACUUUGUCCCGGUGAACACAACUGGCCGACUUGAAGAAAUCUUACCUAGAUCGACAAGGACGCUAAGCAAAAAAACCGUCGACGAUAUAACACCUGUUUGCAGUAACGGCUCAUUGUCAUAGACGAGCCGCUCGUCAGCUCGUUAUAUUGUAGUUGUAUAGGUCGUAAAAGCAUCGACGCUAAUAGCACCAUGGACGAAAUAGUCAGUUACUCACCACCGCUAAGUUACAACGGCUAUUUGCCAGAUACAGAAACAUCUGUGCAUCAUCCUUUCUAAAGUAGAAUAUUUUGAGUCCGAGGAUCGGGUCUUGGCUGUUUCCGAGGCGGAGAACACUGUCUAUGUAAGCGGUCCUUGCCUUGUUCAGCGUCUAUACGCUAACUGUAUGGAAGGAACGUCAAGAACGGCGAAGCUUGACAGCCACAUAGCAGGACAAAAGUGGUCCGACAACAAACUAUGGACAGCUUGAAUGAGCGACCAUCGUGCCUACCAAGCAACCUCACUCCUCAAGAGGUGCUUUUCAGUUCGACGACGUCCAUGACUGCUCCACACAAUAAUAACAAUAAUAAUAACGCAAUCAACAAUAAUAACAACACCGCCGUCGACAAUAACUUUGACAAUGGAGACACACUGGCAAGUGCGAACGGAAACGGGCCCCAGUCGAUGGAUCAAAACUUUAAUGAGGCCAGGUUUUACCAAACAGAGGUUGGAAAUACUUCGUUUACGGUGCUCAAGCGAUACCAGAAUCUACAACCAAUAGGCGCAGGUGCACAAGGUAUUGUGUGCCGCGCCCUAGACGUUGAGACUGGUCGAAACGUAGCCAUCAAGAAGCUUUCAAAGCCUUUUCAAAAUGUGAUUCAUGCGAAGCGGGCAUAUCGCGAGUUUAAACUGAUGCGGCUUGUUUCGCACAAGAACAUCAUUGGCCUACUAAACGCCUUUACGCCGCAGGCCAACGUGAGCGAUUUCUGUGAUGUCUACCUUGUUAUGGAGCUUCUCGAAGCUAAUCUUUGUCAGGUAAUCAAUCUCACUCUGGACCAUGACCGAAUGUCGUUUCUCAUUUAUCAGAUGCUUUGCGGCGUCAAACAUCUUCAUUCAGCCGGCAUCAUCCAUCGAGAUCUAAAGCCUUCCAAUAUUGUCGUGAGUAGUUCUUGCGAAUUAAAAAUUCUUGACUUCGGCCUCGCGAGGACGACAGGAAAGGAGAGUUUUACGAUGACUCCUUACGUUGUCACACGAUACUAUCGGGCACCUGAAGUUAUCCUUGGUAUGGGCUACAAGGAGAACGUAGACAUUUGGUCAGUAGGCUGUAUCAUGGGUGAAAUGAUUCGUGGUGCUGUGUUGUUCCCAGGCACCGACCAUAUUGAUCAAUGGAACAAGGUAGGUAAAGUAAGCUAUUGUAGAACCCUGCUUGCAUUUUUGCAACAGCAAAAAAUUAUUUUUCAACGAGAUCUUUAUUUUAUUAUUUAUUGUCUUUAUUAUUAUUAUUAUGAAUCUAUACAAUACUGGUCCUUGUUCUCUAUUGACUUCAAAGGCGCAAACGGUCUGAGGCCGAUGUCAGGUUCCAAUUUUAAUUUAUAUUACCAGGUCAUCGAGCAGCUCGGUACUCCCGCAGAGGAUUUCCAACGACGUUUGCAAAAUUCGGUGCUGACAUAUGUCCAGUCACGACCCUAUUGUCAGGGGUAUUCAUUUGAUAGGCUGUUCACCAAUUCCUUCUUUGCUGACGACAGUCCCGAAGGUCUGGAAAGGGCCAAUCAAGCCAGAGACCUCCUAUCGAAAAUGCUCGUCAUCGACCCAGAAAGACGUAUCAGCGUCGAUGAUGCUCUUCAACAUCCCUACAUUAAAGUCUGGUAUGAUCAUGCUGAGGUGAACGGUCCUGCACCUGAACGAUACGAUCAUAGUAUCGAUGAACAGGACCAUUCAAUCCACGAAUGGAAAGAGCUGAUCUUUCAAGAGGUAAUGCAGUGCCAGGAGCAACUGUAGCUAUAAUCGCCCCAUUGGCUAGCACAGAAAACUUGAGAUCCGAACCUGAGUCUGGAGAUUUUACCUCUUUAUGAAUGCAAUAAAAGUACGGAACUCUCUAAGGGCACGACGACAAUCAGGAGAGAGAGUUCCUGCAAAAUCGAAUUCAAUCUCUGAUCUGCUGGCUUGAUCGCCUGCGAACCUUCUUAUUGCCCACAAGCAAGGGACGUAUCAGGACCUACCUGAGAGAAUGUGCAUAGAUACUCACGAUUAAUGGCAGAAGGCGAUCAUUGCAUGACGCUUCUAUUAACGCAAUAAAGCCGCGCUCAGCUAUGAGCAAAUACUUAGGAAGGGACAGCAAGAGCAAGAAUGGUUUCAAUCACUUUAAGCGCGAGUGGAUGAAAACGCUAAUCGAAAUCAUUCCGACAAGCGUCAGUCAUUUAUAUAUAUAUAUAUAUAUACAUAGAUAUAUAUACAUAUAUAUGUACCCAACGCAUAAUAAGAAAGGCACCGCACCUUCCAUCAUCGAUGAGGAAUCAAACAAGAGGUCUUUGACUAUAGAACUGGUAACUUCAACUGAAUUAGAAAGAGACAUGCAGCGCCUAGCUUUAGGGCCACCGGCCGCACAAUGGAAUCUGAGAAAAAUUCACGAUCGGUAGCUACUAUAGCCACCUGUAUGAGCCAACGCUGGUGGGUGUUUCGAAAACGAAGAUUUAAGAUGACUAUUCUAGUGGGAAAGCGUGUUUUCGUUGGACAAGGGCGCUUGGAAAGAUUCGAAUCCGUAUUUUUUGAGGGGCUAAUAAACGAGACAUGUCGGCUAGUCGCUUCAUACAAUUCUCAGUUGUGAGUUUCCUCAGCUGUGCGUCGGUGCACCCGCACUCAAACAAAAUAACGGCACCAGAUUGCAGUUGUACUAUUGCCACAACGACAAAUUAGUAUUAAACGAAGACCUUCGACGAAACAAAAAACAGACGAAAAGGCCCAAGAUUCAACAAAAAGGACCCCAUAACACGAAAAGUGGCGUUUGAAGCAGCCAAGGUUCGAUUGACACAAGGAACUUGACGUUUAUAUAAGUUGGCACUGUUAUUAGAGGCGUAUAGAAACAACUGAUUUCCUGUAGAAUACGUGUUUGUAGACAACGAAUAUGACGUAACAGAUUAAAUUGGUUAUCGUGUGGUCGUAUCGUAUAUUUAUGACGCCCAUAUAACUAGCUGUCGUACACUUGAACAUUGCAAUGUUAUGCAGAGUCUUUGCACAGGAUUCUCUUGACUUGACUUGACCUGAUCCAGUGAUUUGUCAGCUACACGAAUUAUGUUGUCGGCUCAACACUGAAUCUCGCACCGGAACUAACCAACAAAGAAUGUACGCUUACACUAGCGAGGACUAAAAUAUAUAAAUAUUAGAUAUAUACAUAUAUAGCAGUGCUAUGAUAAUUUAUAGUUUAAAUGUAGUCAAUCGUAGAGGGUUGUGCACUUUUAUGCUUUGGGUGAAAAUGGCAGGCAUUUUACAGUUUGUAGACUCCAUGAUCCGCUCCUGUAGAUGUAUUGCCAUUGUUAGUGCUGAGCUGAUUCAGGUUCCGUGGAUCAGGAGAAAAAAUUGUAAGCUCGUAAGGCUACGUUGGCAGGAAACAGAAGCCCUAAUAGUUAACAUCGCGGACCAGUCAAAACAAUCCUUUCUUCAUCCAAGACGAGUUACUUGAAAGCUGUGAACCGUUUACCAUUCGCUGAUAUCUAUAUAAUCAUCGAACGAAAUCCAGGGUGAAGAAAAAAAAAGGUUCAAAGUGACUUUAAGGAAAGCAGCUUCUUCUUGAAGAACGACAUCUCUCAUAAUAAUUAUUCGGUUAUUCCAUAGUAAUCUCUGCACAAAGCCCACAGUUAAUUGGUUCGUAGAACAAGUAAUCAAAGGCAUCGUUCAGCAGAUGUCUAUUGCGAGAAAGGGGUACAGGCACAAAUACAAAUCAGGCGAAACUAAAUAAAGAAAACUACAGAGUGACACCGAUUGUUGCCUUUCAAGUAGAAUAAACCGUACCAUUUGAUUGGCAAUUAUCUAGAUUUACUGGAUCACUAUGGUGAUUACAUGUAUUAUAUGAUAUGUAUGUACGACCGUACCGAUGCAAUAGUUAACGACAUAAAAUAUAUACAGACCAUUUCAGACAUCGCAUCGAUGACCCAUUUAUAUUCUAUAUUUCCAACCAGACAUAAUUCGAACUUCGUGCUCCUUCACGUCAUUUAGAAUACAAGCGAUCACUGAGUCACUAUGUAAAUUACCCGUCCUAUGACAUCAGAAAGACAUUGCAUGUUUUGAUAAUAAUUUCGAGGGGGAGAAAAUAAUCAGUAAAUCGCGCUCCGAAAUCUAACGCAGAGUUUGGAUAAGGAAGCUGUCAAGAGCUGAUCAGGAAUAUGCGCAGGGCAAGACAACUACUCUGUGACACAGUUUAUCUUGAAUCGUUUGAAGGGGGGUAGAGAUGGAACAGAAGAGCUGCUUAAGCAGUGGAGCAAGAAAUCACUGAUGUAAUGACCUGCUUACCCAACAUAAGUUAUAAAUAUUAUAUUAGCCAACAGAUAAAGUUAGGAAGUUAUAAUUGAAGCAAAAUAAAACUAAAGUUUCUUACAGUUCACUAUGCAGCUUGUUUUAAGCGUACUCAUAAAUUAAGCACAGAAAACAACUAUAUGGGAAACUCUGCGACUCUGCACCGAAAGCAUUCUGGAUCCUAUACGUUAUUAAUCACACAUAAACGUUUAUAGAACGACGAUAGGCGUACACGUAAAAAUAUAUACAGUUACAUAUUGAAUCUGUACUUUUUCUAUUGCAGGCAGUUAGGCUACGUAUUACAUACAGAUCGUGUUUACUAUACGAAUUUUUAUACGUAAAAUUAUAAUCGGCUUCAAUAAUUCUCCCGGGUAAAAAUAUAGCAUUGGACGUUGCAAGACCGAAUACAACCUUUGGCCUUUCGUGCUAAGGAGGCGUUUCGGCAAUAUAAAUGUAGUAUGUGGCAUGCCAAUAACAAUAAAUUUCAAGGAAAAAGAACGUUUUGUUGGA